AUGACCACGCUGCACUUUCCUGGGGUCGAUACCGAGGUCCCGGCGGAUGCUGAGGGCCCAUCGAGAACCUCCAGAAUCGACUCAGCAUCUCACACUGCCACCGGCGGCACUCUUCGUGCCAAGUUCACUUACAACCUCAGAGAUGUCAAAGACCUUGCAGAGUAUCUUGUCGAUCAUUGCGGCUUACAUUGCUUCAACCUCCACUCAAUCAACAAACAUUCUGCAAACCAUGUCUAUCGCCUAGUUGGAGGAGACAAAGACGCCGGGAAAACAUACGUCCUGAAGCAUGCUUCUGAACAUCGCGCACACGAUGGCACAUUGGCUGCCACCACCUGCCGCAUGGAGUAUGAGGCAAAGUUUCUGGCGAGCAAACUAAAGGACGAGAUCGAGUGCCAUUGCACUGCUAAGGGCAUUACCACGGACGUCAACGCCCACAUCGAUAAGACCCAUGCACAGACAGUUUCCCUGGUAUUCUACGACGACGAAAUCAAACUUCUGUGCAUGCAGGAUAUCGGAAAUACGUCUCUCAAGGACGCCUAUUCAUUUCUCAGUAAAGAGCAGGUGCAUGAGAUCGGCACAGAGAUAGGUAAAUGGCUGGCAAGACUACACGGAGAGACUCCAAUUUCCAGCGUCCUUGGAGACUCCGGUCUCAACAAUGAAGUCGGAAUUGAAAUGGUCCGCUACGCCUACAAGAAUCUAGCCGAUCUUUUUCGAAGAACCGGUCACAAAGCGGAACUUGCAAAAGACAUUGACGAUUACUUCGGUGGCCGCAUAUCGAGGGAUCGAGAGAGCGUCUGCCAUGGCGACUUUUCACCUGGCAAUAUUAUGCUUCAGAGCAACGUGAAAACAGGAACUCCCUGUGUUCUGACAGUGAUAGACUGGGAAGCGGUACGUGUUGGCAACAGCGCAACAGACGUGGGACAAUUCGCGGCCGAAGCCUUCCUUCUCGACGAGUACCAUGGCGGAAAAGGCCUCCGCGCUGCAUUCAUCCAGGCAUACUUCCAGUCAAGCGCUGUCCACUACGGCUCCAAGGAGCUACUGUACCCUUGGAUGACAAAAAUUGGCGCCCACUUUGCCACACAUCUCGCGUACUGGCCGUCGCACAACGGGCACUGGGCCUAUUAUGAGCGAAAGAAAAUCGACCUAGUCGGAAUGGCAGCUCUUAUACUGGCAGAUGUCGUCUGUCCCAAGCCAAACAUCAUGGUCUGGAGGAGAUGA